UACACUCACCAUCUCCAUUAAAAUGAGAUUCACAGUCUAUGAAAUGGACAAACACACAGUUACUAAAAUGGCUAUCAUGUCCUUGUCUUUCUUGUACCUCCUAGCUUGCUCAAGGGCCAUAUCAAACAGAAUUGGCGUAAAUUUCGGGCGGGUAGGGAAUAAUCUUCCACCACCUUCUCGAUCCAUCGAGCUUCUACAAAUCAUGAAGGCGGGUCGGGUCAAACUCUAUGACGCUGACCACGAAAUACUUCAACUCUUAUCGACAACGAACAUAGAGGUCACAGUCAUGGUCACUAAUGAAGAAAUAUCAGGAAUUGCUAAUAACCAACAAGUUGCAGACCAAUGGGUGCAUGAACAUAUCCUUAACCAUUAUCCUGCCACCAUGAUUCGAUACGUGCUUGUUGGCAACGAGGUUUUGAGUUACACGAGCACGGAUCAAGACAUGCGGAUCAUGAGAGAUCUUGUACCCGCAAUGGGCCGGAUUCGGACCACACUUAAAACACUAGGCAUUAACAAUAUCAAAGUUGGUACUCCUCUUGCAAUGGACAUUAUGGAGUCAACUUUCCCACCUUCAAGUGGAGUGUUUAAGCCCGAGAUUGUUAACCAUAUCGUACCAUUACUAAACUUCUUACGUGGGACGAAUUCGUUUUUCUUUCUUGAUGUUUACCCGUUUCUUUCAUGGGCCGAUAACCCGACGGGUAUAAACCUUGAUUAUGCUUUAUUUGAAGGUAAUCAGACUUUUACAGAUAUGGGUAGUGGGCUAACCUACACGAACCUGUUAGAUCAGAUGAUCGACUCGGUCUACUUCGCUAUGGCUAAACUGGGUUACAAUAAUGUGAAGAUUGCAAUAGCCGAAACGGGUUGGCCACAUGGAGGUGGCUCGAACCAGCAGGGUGCUAGUAAAGAAAAUGCAGCUAAGUAUAACAGAAAUGUGAUUAAAAAGAUGGCCGCGGUGCCACCUAAGGGGACCCCAGCGCAACCCGGGUUCAUCAUACCAACAUUUAUCUUUUCAAUGUAUGAUGAGAAUGAGAAAACUGGUCCGGAAUCAGAGAGACAUUGGGGGUUGCUAUAUCCUGAUGGAACCGCAGUUUAUGAGGUCGACUUGAGUGGGAAGGCAUACAAGUCUUGAUUAUCGGCUUUUGACUGAUAUAUAUAGGGUUGGGUUCAAUGCAGAAUCACAAAUAAUUUGAGAACCAAUCUGAAUCGUUCGUAUAUUAUAGAAAAUUAAACAAAAGGAUAUCAUUGUAAAAGAUUAAACGAGUUAUAUCUCUAAUAAUUAAUUUUCCUACAUUCACUCCUCUUUUUCUCGUAACAAUUUCGUACACGCGUGUAGAUCAGAGAAUUUAUACUGAAUCUACACGUGUGUACAUGUUUAUAAAAUAUGAAUACACACAUAAAUUUAUCUACACAUACGCAUAUAUAUUUAUUAAAGUACAUGAUAUAACCAUUAUGUAGUUUAAUAGUCAAGUUAGUAUUGUAGAUAAAUACACAAAUAAAUUAAUGUUCUAGAUUG